AUGUCUCCUUCAUCCGUCAGCGACAUUGCUGCCGCCCCCGCCGCCUGCCCCGCCGAAUUCGAUCCCAGCUUCACCACGCUCGGGCCCGAGUGGGACGAACUCGCCGAGUUAAUCGACCGCGAGGUGUCGCGCCGCAUGUCUCACUACCUCUCCGACUGCGACGGCAUGGAGGGCCUGACGCAGGAGGUGGGUAGUGGUGGUGGUGAUGCGGCGGCGAUGCGCUGGGGCAUGAUGGAGCCCGUUACCGUGCAUGGGAGUGCGCGGGAGGUGCAGAGCCGGUAUCCCUGGGAGGGUGGCGUGGUUUUCAUGGACACGAACGGCGGUGGCGGCGGCGCGACAGCAGCAGCAGUUUCGCCGCUGAGCGAUCAAAUCAUGGGGGAUAUUCAGGGAGGAGGAGGAGAGGCGCGGCUGGAGAUGGAGUGCCUGAACGGCUCGCAGACACGGAGUGGUGAGGCCACUUGGGGACAUGAUGGAGAGCAUACGGCGCGGAGCUGGGACGCGCUGCUCAUGAUGGAGGAGGGCAUUUGUCCCAACACUUCAGGGUUGACUGGUCGAAACGUCUUCACGGCGUACGCAUCGUCCGUGUACCCGCCGGGCGAGUCCAUGGACGUCGAGCGCGACGACUCCAGCGCCCGCCGCGCCCGCCGCCACGACGAUACGGACACGGACGCUACUGCUUCCAUGUGCUACAGCGUGUUGACCAACCCCAGCAUCGGCGACGCAGACAUGACAUGUCCCGCUUCGGAGCAUGGUAUAAUCACUCUUGGGGCGAGAGUUGACUGGAGCGGGACGGAGAUUGACGCCAACAUGGCGCUGGCCGUGGCCGGACUGCACGAGAUGACCCUCAACGAUGAGCAGCAGCAGCAGCGGGAAUCGGCGGUCAGCGACCUCAGCAUGGCCAACGCGGGGGAUACUGCCACACUGUUCCCUCAGCUGUACGAAACGCAAGAGGCGAUACUGGAGUGGCGCGACGGCAUGGCCGACAACCUUCAUGAUAAUGGUUCCGAGACUCUGGCCGGGGAGGCUCCGCCGUGGCCGUGCGACGACGAUGAUUCGGCCAACGACGCCGACGGGGAGUCACUCGCUGAGAGCGAGGGCGUGCCGUCUGGUUGUAACGGUGCUGGUGGUUUCGUGGUGUUUGCGGGUCGUCACGCAGGUCUACGACGCGCAAGGCCUCUCUGGGCAACCGAGUCUGGCAAACGGCCUGCGUCGACAACUACGGUGGACGACGGAUCUAUCGCUGAGGCGACGGAGGCGAAGAAGCGGCGGUUGUAA